AUGGCUGUACUCACGAGAGCGCGAGCUCAAGAGGUUGAUGACGAUGAGGUUGCACCCAUGGGACCGCUAGAGUUUCAGGUCGAACGCUGUAGACGGAUUAAGGUUCAUCAAGAGGAAGACGAGUAUCUAGCGGAGAUAAGGGCGUUCCUGAAUGACGACCUGGAUAGGUUCUCGUCCACGCGCUUGAAGAAGAUAAGUAAGGUCGCCGAUCUGUUUAUCCUGGAUGACCGAGGAGUGUUGUACAGACUUCCACACUCUGUUCGUGGGAGACCACGAGACGCCGUGGAUAAUCUGAGAUUGGUAGUCCCGAGUUCACUCCGGGAAGAUAUGUUGCAUCACGCGCAUGAAGAUUUCCAAGGCGGACAUCAAGGGAUCACUCGGACACAUGAGAAGUUACGUACCGAAUUCUACUGGCCCGGCAUGUAUGCGGACGUCCAACAUUUUCUGAAAGAAUGUGUGGAUUGUGCCAGUGGAAAAGGGGCGCCCCCGAAUGCUGGACCUUCGCCAGGAAACAUUGAACCACGGUAUCCCUUCGAAGCAGUAUCUAUGGAUUUCGUGACGCACAUGCCCGAGUCAACUAGGGGAAACACUUUUCUCUUGUUGUUUCAGGACAUGUUUUCAGGCUAUGUGAUGUGCAAGCCCAUGUCAUCCACUACCGCUCAAGAUGUCGCUGAGGCUUAUGAGGAGCAAGUGUUUCAGAGAUUCGGGGCGUCUUCCAUGAUACGACACGACCAGGAUCCGCGGUUCAUGAGUGAGGUGUUCACGAGGUUCCGAGAACUCUUAGGUAGUCGACAGCGUGCUACACUCGGAUAUCGUCCACAAGCGAAUGGGCAACAAGAAAGAUCCGUGCAAACAGUCAUUCGGAGUGUCCGGGCAUAUGUCGCCGAGAUGGAUCAAUCCGACUGGGAUGACCACGCUGAGCGACUGAUGUUCGCCCUGAAUGUCUCGUUCGACGCGACUAGACUGGACACACUCCUUUCUACAUGUACGGUCUCGGCAAUGUUAGGACUGAAACCUUCGAGCGUUCCUGAGCGUAGCGCCUAUGAGUGGCGAAAGAAACUACAGCGUGAAUACAGUUACGCGCUCGCUUGCGCUGAGGAUCUCAAGAAGAAGGCCAAGAAGAUGCGCUCUGACGAACAAACCCGGAAGUGGUUGGAACUAUCAGAGAGGGUCAAGGCUGGUUUUGAGAAGGGUGACUCCGUUUGGUUGUACCUCCCGAAAGUUCAGACUGGGUUGAGCCGGAAGUUAGCACACAUGUGGCACGGGCCAUUCAGGAUCGAUGAAAUUCGGGAUGACUUCCGUGUGAAACUGAAG